GUUUUCGAAUUGUUCGCAGAACUCGUAAGAAAUUAAAAUUGACCUAAAGAAAUAAAAUUAUGGAAUUGAUUGAAACAGCAUCGACUCCUGGAGAUUCAGGAACUGAAACCGCAAUCCCGGAGGCCGCUUUCGAUUCCUUUAAGAUGCCUAUCCGGCCAAGUCAGUUUUUGCAGAGCUCCGUGUCUCCGGGCUACUCUAUUAAGCACUCGCUCCUCGGUCACAGUGGCAGCGUUACUGGUCUGAAGUUUAGUUCAUGUGGCGAGAACUUGGUCAGCAGCUCCGCCGACAUGCUGCUCAUGCUCUGGGACUUGAGCGCAACCCGAUGCAUUCAAUCGCUGGCCGGGCACGAAAACGGAAUCAACGAUGUCGCCUGGUCGGCGGCUGGAUUAAUUGCCAGUUGCAGCGAUGACAAGACCGUGCGUCUCUGGGAUGCCCGCAGCAAGCUCUGCGUCAAAGUUUUGGAGGGGCAUGGCGGUUACACUUUCUCCUGCUGCUUUAAUCCGCAGUCCAAUCUGCUGGCCUCCACUAGCUUUGACGAAACAGUGCGCCUUUGGGAUGUCCGCACUGGCAAAACGCUCGAAAUCGUCCACGCCCACCAAGAUCCCAUAACAUCGGUGGACUUCCAUCGCGAAGGCAAUAUUUUUGUCACCAGCAGCUUUGAUGGACUGGUACGCUUGUGGGACUCUAGUACCGGACAUGCGAUGAAGACUCUCGUUGACGUUGACAACAUCCCAGUCGGUCAUGUGAAGUUUUCACCGAACGGACGCUACAUCCUGUCGUCCACAUUAAACAACACCCUUAGGCUUUGGAACUACAACAAGUCGAAGUGCUUGAGGAUCUAUCGCGGGCAUAUGAAUCAGUUAUAUUGCUCCAACUCCAACUUUUCCAUCACCGGUGGCAUUUGGAUUGUCUCCGGCAGCGAGGAUAAUACGCUUUGCAUCUGGAAUCUGCAGACAAGGGAGCUGGUCCAAAAGAUAAGCACGGAGGGCGACCACGUUUUGUGCACCCAUUGCCAUCCCACGGCAAAUGUGAUUGCUAGCGGCGCCCUACAAAAUUCAUAUGCCAUUAAAAUCUGGAAGAGCAGCGAGAACUAAAACAAUCAACCAAAUCCCACUCAUUAGCUUGUAAUUAUUUAUAUCUUAAUAUAAAUCUUAAUCUAUCUUAAUAUAAAUAAGCCGGCCAUGCCAUUAGUCAAAUA